AAUGCUGUCAGUGUAACACCCGCGGUUCCUGAGUUCGGCAUUAAACCUAACGAAUGAAUAAUAUCGCCUACACUUCCAUAGGUUUUUAAACCAAUCAACCAAUCGAUAGAUAAUAAUCCAAAUCACUAGUCUUCUAAUGCCUUAUAAUAUGUGUGUACUCAAAGAUCACUUCACUCUUCCACCUGAGGAUUCUAAUGCAAGAUAUUUAGAUAAAUUCAUGCAAGAUGAACAACUGCUAAAAGAUUACAAAUUGAAGCAAUUUUUGAUAACAGAACAGAAACGAUCAAGUUUGUAUAGAUCAUUAAUUGCAAAAGUCAAAUCGAAUUGUAUUGAUGAAAAACUUUUAUCUGCCUUACCCUAUGAAGUGAAUCCACCACCUCCUUCUUCUAAAACUGCAUCAUAUUGUACAACUAGUGAAAUAGAUUCUCAAAGAUAUGCUGCUGACAGUACCUAUAGUGGAAUGAUGACUGGUUCAGGAACAGUUUUAAGUAAAUCACACAAUCAUGGAUCAAGAUUACCUGAUCGUACAGUAGUGACAACACCAACAGGAACGCUGACAACAACAAUCAAUCUUAAUAAAAAUUUUACUGAAAUGAGCAUUGACAAUUUAUCAUAUCGUGCUAAAGCCUUAUCGCUUCACAGUUUCCCUUAUUUACUUAAAAGUAUAGAACUCAAAGCUUCAAAUAUAUAUGAACGUAAAGCCAGACAAAUGAGACAGGCACUAGGAAGGCGUAUUUACUCAGAUGCUGAACGUAAGAAAGCCUGCCUUCAACGUCAAAAUAAAGAAGAUAUAAUUUUAUCGGGAAAAGUUAAAGCCAAAGCAGAAAAACAUUUUCACAAGUGUACUAAGAUAAUACAACCAACUAAUCAUCCCAAUGGAAGUUGUACAUUGAACAUAUCAACAACUGUAACUACCGUUCCAAGUAAUGCCUCUAAUCAAUCAACAGAGGACAAUAAGCUGAUUGAACAAUCUGAUCGGUCAGUGAAAUGCAACAAUACACUGUCAAAUCAAACAAAAGUACUUCCGAAUGAACCAACUUUUUGUACCGAAAGCAUUGGUCCCAGUAAUGAAAAUACAAAACAGUUAGAAUCCGUUAACAGCAAUAAUCAAACACUGUCUCUAUGGAAUCGUUUAUCAGUUCAGUUGAACAAGAAAAUCCCUCCACUAUGUCUCUGCAUGCAAUAUUCUUGUAAUGGUGAUGAUACACCACCAUGGCUGAAAUGUGCCAAUAAUUGCCGAUUUUAUCGAAGACCAGAAGCAUUUUUGAAGACUUUACUGGAUUACAUACACUCAUUAAACUGAUCACAGCAUAAAAAAUAAGAAAUUUCAUUAGAUGGGAGACGAUAUUUGUUUUUACAAACCUUACUUCCCACAAAACACAAUGUUCAAUGAUUCAUUCAGAAUAAAAGCAUUUUGUAAAUA